AUGGUUUCGACCGAUAAAUCCUGCCAAUUGGCCCGGGCUCUACGACGCAUAUCAAGGCCUGCAAUAUGUACUCGCUGCUUGAAUGCUCGCCGAAGUGUUACGAUGGAUGUUAGAUCGGACUCAAUACAAGACCCUACAGACGAGCUCGAACAGUCGUCAGGUCUCGGCUCCAGCGGUCCACUAGGAGCUUUGUCUGACAGCUUCGAUCCCCUCAGAGCUUCCCGAAGCCGCAAGAAGCAGUUACCUCCCAGCAGAUAUCAAUUUCGGCCGCCCAAAUACGACCGCGGACCUCUCCACCCGCACCAACCUCCACCUGCAUCAGAUCCGUCGUCCAGGAUUUUCGUACCAGGGCCCUUUUCAUCCCCACGCGUCGAGCAGACUUACCAUAAUAUGAUAGCGCCAGACAUUCUCACUCUGUGUUAUCAGCAUAACCCACCAGGCUACAGACCUCCACUUAAAGCGCCUCGAUUAAGAAGUUGGGAUGAUUCAAGCCCAUACCACGCGAAUCGUCAAUUGCGCGGACCGCGUGGCGGCGACGUGUUAAGGUUGCUGCGCAAGCCCAUCACAUUCCGAAACAUCCCCAUGAUCGAGAGGAUCACGGUGCACACGUUUGUCAAGCAAGUCAUUAAGGAAGGCAGUGCUCCUCUUCAUGUCGCUGGGAUGGUACUCCAAGCUAUAACGAACGUGCGUGUUCAAACGCAUAAGUCGCGUACUGGGGAGGCAGGGUGGAAUCUUGUGCCUGGUAAAAGUAUGGCAGCCACAGCAACGUUGAAGGGCGAGGAUAUGUAUCAUUUCUUAGGCAAGCUGGUGAACGUGGUGCUACCUCGAAUCAAGGAUUGGCGUGGUGUUCGGGCUACUACAGGUGAUGGCAGCGGCAAUUUGACAUUUGGCCUUGAUCCGGAAGUGGUUGGUGGCUUUCCAGAGAUUGAAAUCAAUUACGAUUCAUAUCCUCAGAAGAUGAUACCCGGCUGCAACAUCACUCUUCAUACUACUGCUAAUACAGACAAGGACGCAAGACUGCUCCUGCAGACAGUCGGUAUACCAUUUUGUGGGAAGUCAACUUCUGCCACUACCAUUGCCUCCGAAGCUCCCGCAAAGGACUACUAUGGCCUCUUCUCUGCACAAGAGAAGCCAGCGGAUGCACAGGAAGAGCAAAAGGUGAAAACGCUGCGUAAGCGUGUUAUGGAGGCCAGGUCCUUCACCUUUCAAGACUCACAGAUACUGUACGCUCUUCACUCAACCUAUGCUUCCAACGACCUCGAUAAGGCUUUGGAACUACUGUUGGCCAUGUCAAGUGCGUGCGAAGGAUCAAUUAUAAAAUAUGAGCCCGGCGUCAAGCUCUUAGGGGCGGUGAACAGGAAAGCAGUGACUUGCUAUCUCGACAGCAUCAUUUUCGCAAUGUUUUCAAGGUUGGACAGUUUCGAGUCCAUGCUGUACAACACUUUCGAAGACGACGCAAGGAAUAGACUUGGCUUGCUUCUACGGUUGUGGGUGAACCUGCUUAGGACUGGCAAGCUAAUCACCACAGACAUCGUCCAAUUGCUUCAAGAAUCCUUAGCCGAGUGCGGAUGGGAAGAAGCAGCUCAAUUGCACCAACAAGAUGCCUCAGAGGCUUUCACAUUCAUCACUGAAAAACUAGAGCUUCCGCUGCUGACGCUCAAGAUGGACAUCUACCAUACCGGCAGAGAAGACUUGACCGACGAUCACAAAUUCAUUAAUGAAAGGUUACUUGAGGUUGCAGUGCCGUCCGACCCAGCGGAUCCACAACAAAGCGUUCCUCUUGAAGAUUGCCUUGAGUCCUACUUCAACAACCGCAUCGAGGUGAAAAGAUAUCUGGAACGGCGAUCGACCUCAAGCCCGGUCCCGCCAUAUAAUUCACCCGAGGCCAUGUCUGCCAAAGGUGGUGCUCUGCACGUGGAGACCGUGGAGCUUGGUGGCGAUGCAUCGGCUCGGAUACCGCCUUCGUCCACAUCCUCUAUACAAGAGUCACCUGUACGGCAACGUGCCACCAGUAUUAUUCAACAACGCUUUAUACCUGACGGGUCUGGUCCUAGCAGCCCUCCAGCUUAUGAAGCAGACGUGAAACAUGCUGGUGGCCGUCUACGAAGUGGUAGCAUCAGGAAGGAAGUCAUGAUGCCAGCAUGGCAGUUCUUCAGCCUCAUACCUUGGUAUACCAAAAACACCCCCAAAAACGAUGCUCAAGUUGCAGCUCAUUUUUCGUCCAAACGACCCAUCUUGGGAAUGUGUCUCAAGCGAUACUCCUUCACUGACAACGGCAAAGCCAUCCGACUCAGCACAAAAAUUGACAUACCUACAGAGAUAGGAUUGCCACACUUCAUUUCUGAUGAUAGCAUGGAUGAGGGCGGGCCAAUAUACGGAAACUUCAAGCUUUCGCUUCAGUCGGUGGUAUGCCAUCGUGGUACUUCAGUUGACUCGGGUCACUAUAUCGCUCUUGUAAAGGGGACAACUGCCUCCUUAGGAGCCGAGAACGGUUCCACGUCGAACGGUGUACAAGAUACAAACCAUUGGAUGAGAUUCGAUGAUCUAGCAUCCGAACGAAUCACGCUAGUCGACAUUCAUCAGGCUCUGAAGGACGAAACACCCUAUCUACUAUUCUAUCAGAUUGUACCAAUUGAGAUCGUGCCCGAGCGUCUUGACGAUAGAGAGAGUCUGCCGUUGUAUGCUCCGUCCGAAACCCACGACUCGGGUAUUGGUGGAAUGUCUGUCAGCUCUUCGAACUUUCAAGGAUCUACAGACGAGAUGCUAGCUCCUUUAAGGCCGAGUCUUGAGAUAACUGCUCCAGAAGAGUGCCCUCGUGGCCGAUCCCCUGUUCAAGAGGAGAGGAGACAAAGUGUGGCAUUCUCUAGACCAGCAGAUCAAGGGGAUCUAGCAAUUCCUGAUCCCGAGUCCUCCCAGGCGUCAUCAAAACGUGGGUCGAUGCAGGGCAAGAAUGGCAUACAAAGUCGGUCACAAAGUCAGGCUGGCGAAAGAUUUAGCAUAUCUCUAUCCAGACUUACUAGAGGGAAAAGCAAAGAAGCUAUUCCUACACUCGGUAACUCCGUUGAAGCUGAUGAGAUAGCGGGUAAUGGUCUGGAAGCACCAGCAGCCAGCGACGAAAAGGUGAAAGGGUUCCUCCGUCGAGAACGCAAGAGGGAAAAAAGCAAAAGCCGGUUAAACAAAGCUCCGAAUACGUCUGGGAAAGGCAAAGGAGAAAAGCCUGAUCGUGAGUGUUGUGUUAUGUGA